AUGAGAAACGUCAACAAUAGCGUCGAUACGGUGAACGCCGCCGCUUCCGCCAUCGUCUCCGCCGAGUCUCGCGUCCAACCGCCGUCGAUGCAGAAGAAAAAAUGGGGAAGUUGCUGGAGCUUGUACAGGUGUUUCGGAUCCCAAAAGAACAAUAAACGGAUCGGUCACGCGGUUCUUGUACCCGAACCGGUUACAUCCGGAUCAGUACCCGCUGCUCCGGUCCAAAACUCAUCUGCCAAUCCAACUUCAAUCUUCCUUCCCUUUAUAGCUCCUCCUUCGUCUCCAGCAUCAUUUCUCCAAUCCGGUCCUUCAUCUGUGUCACAUACCCCUCCCGGUUUACUCUCCUUAACCGUCAACACGUAUUCAAGAAACGAACCGGCUUCAGCGUUCGCUAUCGGACCGUACGCUCACGAGACUCGACUCGUGACUCCUCCGAUAGACUCUGCUUUCACAACCGAACCAUCCACCGCGCCGUUCACGCCGCCUCCAGAGUCAACUACACCUUCUUCCCCUGAAGUGCCAUUUGCUCAGUUGCUUACGUCAUCACUCGAACGAGCAAGGAGGAACAGUGGUGGGGGGAUGAAUCAGAAGUUCUCGGCCGCGCAUUACGAGUUUCAGUCUCAUCAAGUGUAUCCAGCAAGUCCUGGCGGUGGUAAUCUGAUCUCUCCUGGCUCGGUGAUCUCAAACUCGGGAACGUCUUCUCCUUACCCAGGUAAAUGCUCGAUCAUCGAGUUUCGUAUCGGGGAGCCUCCGAAGUUUCUUGGCUUCGAGCACUUCACUGCGCGGAAAUGGGGUUCGAGGUUCGGUUCUGGUUCCAUCACGCCUGCUGGUCAAGGUUCGAGGUUGGGUUCUGGUGCUUUGACACCUGAUAAUGGUGGAGGACUUGGGUCAAAGCUUGCUUCUGGAGAGAUGGUUUCGAGAAUGGGCUCUGGGAAUCUCACACCGAUCGAAGACAGCCUUUUUGAUAUUCAGAUCUCUGAGGUUGCGUCUUUGGCUCAUUCGGAUGAUCACGGGUCGUCGUCGAGGCAUGACGAUGGUUUGGCUGUUGGUCACAGAGUUUCUUUCGAGUUGACUGGUGAAGACGUUGCGCGUUGUCUUGCAAGCAAGCUAAACAGAGCCGGUUUAGAUGAUGGUUUACAUGAGAAAGCGAACGGCGACCAAACCGAGAGAUGGAAUUGUAAAACGAUGGGAGAAACAGAGAGCGAACAGAGUCAGAAGCUAAGAUCGUUUUCGCUAGGGUCGAAUAAAGAGUUCAAGUUUGAUCACUCGAAAGAAGAGAUGAUAGGGAAAGCAGCGGUUAGAUCGGAGUGGUGGGCGAAUGAGAAGGUCGCCGGAAAAGGUGAUAACAGUCCAGGAAACGGUUGGAGUUUCUUCCCGGUGUUACGGUCUGGAUUCAGUUGA